AUGCCGUCUGCAGCUGUGAUGAUCUCGCUUGCGUGGGCUAUCGGCAUCUUUUUAAGGUUAUCUGCAGCUAAACGGAAAAAUGCGAGAAAACGGAGACGUCUUCAACGCCUGGGAAUAUUGGUGGAUCAUUUUAUGACUGGUCACCCUACAUCAUACUGCAAAAUGAACCACAACGUGCCCAUCCUGCGUUUGUGGUUUAACGUAGAGGCAGAGUUGCAGCAGGAUUUUCGCCUCAGCAGGAGAGCUAUGACUAGUCUGCAGAGGCUGCUGCAAGGAGAACAGGACCAUGGCUGGGGGAGACAACUAGAGGUCCUCAUCUACGUCUUCUGGCUGGCUCAUGGACUGUCUUAUCAAAUAGAAGAGCUUCAUGCUGUUGGCCAAGGAUUUGCCCACUUAUCAGGUAGCCCUGCAUUCCACAAUGUUGUGGGUGCAAUAGAUGGAAGCCACAUCAGGCUAAAACCACCGGCACAACACAGAAUAGACUAUUUAAAUUACAAGGGAUUCUAUUCAGUUAACAUGCAGGCAAUUUGUGAUUCCAGUGGACGAUUCCUAGACAUCUUUGUUGGUUAUCCGGGGUCCGUCCAUGACACACGAAUCAUGAAGAACAGCAGCUUUUACAGAGCAAGACGGUACCCUCCCACAGGCUACAUUCUUCUAGGAGAUGGUGGUUAUCCGUGUUUGGAUAAACCAAUCUGCCUAAUCACACCCUACAAGGAGCCAGUUAAUGGACCAGUUCAACUGCGUUUCAAUUAUCAUCAUUCAAAGGCCCGCAGCAUAAUCGAAAGGGCUUUUGGAAUGAUGAAGACGAGGUGGAGGUGUACCCUUUUCAAAGCCUUGGAGGUCAAGCCAACAUUUGCCCCUCAAGUUAUUGCAUCCUGUGCCUUUCUUCACAAUGUGUGUCUGGACAAUGGGGACACGCUGGAGCCAGAUGAAGAUGUGGUACAGGACAUGCUAGAUCCCCGACCUCCCCGAGAGCCCCUGGCAGAUAAUGAGAGGUCUGGGAACGUGACAAGGGACAGACUGGCUGCCCUGGUUUCAGGCAACAUGGAGGCCCCAUAA